AGACAGAUCUCUCAUUCAAACAAAACAAAACACACUUGGGUAAUAGAAAUCUGUCUUUCUUUGGGUGAAAUGGCACUAGCGAUCAACGUUUCUUCAUCUUCUUCUUCUGUGAUCUCAACCUCUAGCUUCCCUUCCUCAGAGCUCAAAGUUUCGGCUCCACGGAUCGGUUCAUUGAGGUUAUCCGAUCGUGUCAAUGUCUCAACGGCGUCUCUGAGUCUAUCCGGGAAACAAUCAUCAUCGGUGAAGCCUCUGAAUGUGCAGUCAGUUGCAAAGGAGUCGUUUGUUCCUUCUCAAGCAGCGUCCAUGGUGACUUCUGAGGUUACAGAGAAACUAGAUGUGGUGGAAGUGGAAGACUUCGAGGAGCUAGCAAAGAGUCUAGAGACCGCUUCUCCUCUUGAGAUCAUGGACAAGGCUCUUGAGAAGUUCGGAAACGACAUCGCAAUCGCCUUUAGUGGAGCAGAAGACGUUGCUCUCAUUGAGUACGCUCACUUAACCGGAAGACCCUUCAGGGUGUUCAGUUUGGACACAGGGAGAUUGAACCCCGAAACAUACAGACUCUUCGACACCGUGGAGAAGCACUACGGUAUUCGGAUCGAGUACAUGUUUCCAGACGCUGUUGAGGUCCAAGCUCUUGUAAGGAACAAGGGUUUGUUCUCUUUCUACGAAGACGGUCACCAGGAGUGUUGCCGCAUCAGAAAGGUUAGACCAUUGAGGCGUGCGUUGAAGGGCUUACGCGCUUGGAUCACUGGACAAAGGAAAGAUCAAUCCCCAGGGACGAGAUCAGAGAUCCCCGUUGUUCAAGUUGAUCCGGUGUUUGAAGGGUUAGACGGAGGAGCUGGUAGUUUGGUGAAGUGGAAUCCAGUUGCCAACGUCGAAGGGAACGAUGUUUGGAACUUCUUGAGGACUAUGGAUGUUCCCGUCAACACGCUUCACGCUGCGGGGUAUGUUUCAAUCGGGUGUGAGCCGUGCACGAGAGCGGUUUUGCCUGGUCAGCACGAGAGAGAAGGGAGAUGGUGGUGGGAAGACGCCAAGGCUAAAGAGUGUGGACUCCACAAAGGGAACAUCAAGGAGAACAGCAACGCAAACGCAGCGGCUAAUGUCAAUGGGACGUCAUCCACGGUUGCUGAUAUCUUCAAAAGCGAGAAUGUUGUGAGCUUGAGCAGGCAAGGGAUUGAGAAUCUGAUGAAGCUGGGGAAUCGUAAAGAGGCUUGGAUCGUUGUGCUUUACGCGCCUUGGUGCCCGUUUUGUCAAGCGAUGGAAGGUUCGUUUGAUGAGUUGGCGGAUAAGUUGGGUGGGAGUGGCGUGAAGGUGGCUAAGUUUAGAGCUGAUGGUGACCAGAAGGAGUUUGCUAAAAGGGAGUUGCAGCUUGGGAGCUUCCCGACGAUACUUGUGUUCCCAAAGAACUCUUCAAGACCAAUCAAGUAUCCAUCGGAGAAGAGAGAUGUUGAUUCUCUGACAUCGUUCUUGAAUCUUGUUCGGUAAAAAGAGCAAAAAAUCAGUCGACUUUGCAAAACAAAACCAUUCAGUCUAGUUCUAGAGUGCUAGAACAGAUGAAGUAAGAGCUUGAGAUUCUCUAUUUGAAAGCUUUCACUUUUGUAUAGUUGUGGUCUAUCCUUUUGUAAAACAUUUGCCUUUGUGAUGAUGAUGAUAUGAGCAAGUUUUCAAACA